GUCAUGCCGGAGAGGUCUGCUUUUGGUGGGCGUGGAUACCUGCCGCGAAUGGGACAGAAGAUAACAAUUGUUGUCGGCGAACCCAUCGAGUUCGAUCUGUUUCAUCUGAAGAAGCUUGCUCUGUCUCAGGCAACAGGAAUAAGCCUGGACCAGGAUCAACAAAAACUGGGCAACUCCGACAUUCCACGUCCCAAGGAGGAACAGAUGGACCAGCAAAAGGAGUCGCGGAACAACUCCGGAAGUAGCGCAGGGUACCACGGAGGACCAGCGGCGACAGCAGGAACCGGGCCCAGGUUAUGGAGGCAGCAGGUCGAUUCAGUCCCGUCCGCAGCGGAGACGACUUUUCCAGAACUGGAAGCUUUUGUUUCGCAGGAGACUUCCGAAAGCCGAUCGGUUGUGGCGGGACACGAUGAUAUUCCAACGCGGACUGUUGCGGGACAAGCAAUCGUCGAUCCCGUCCAUCGAUGGCUGUACUCGCAUAUCACGUCGCAAAUUCACGGUGCGCUUCAGAAGCUUGUUUAUGAGGCUCACUCGCUGAAUGCCCAUGGAUCACAAUGAUGAACCUGACCAAGAUAUAGAGAGAGAGGAGAGAGAGAUAUCUCCAUAUCCCAUGGAGGUAGGUAUCUCCAUCUCCCAUGGACGUAGAUAUCUCCGUCUCCCUUAGAAUGACAGUAGAGGUGUGGAUGCCAUGAAAGGUAGAUGACAUGGAAUGAACACUUGGGAGGGUAGCUGACUAGAUUCAGGGAGACAGAGAGAGAGAGAGAGAGGGGUUUUCCAGAUAGAGUGUGAGUCACACUGCAGUUCUUUUCUUUUUUUUGUUCCCGUCUGUUAUAAAUUGGGGCGAAAAAAAAAAAACUAAAAUAGGCUUGUAUCGAGUUGUUUGGCCCGUGGUGACGGUCAGUUUAUAGGAACUUUGGGGUCUUAAAUUUUUAAAAGGACCCCAACCGUUUUUAUCAGGCAUUUAGUUACUUAUUAUGUCCUCCCCACGAAUUUAGAUCGGAGCAUUGUCCCAUUAAAGCACAAUACCUCCGAGCCUCGUUUUGCCGAGGCGGAGUAGCAGUGUGCGCCAAGCUUUUGCCCAAGUGCCAGCGCGGCCUUUUUUAUUUUGUUUUGGCUGCCGCCACGAGCCAUUUUGGUCUGCUGGCACCCGGCCCCCGCCGGCCUCCGAAGAACGCGGUAUACGUUAUAUUUUACGAUUUCUUGCCUUCAGCCUGAAAGGUAGGGUGGUCUUAAAAAAAAAAAGGAAAAAAAAGUUUAGUAGCUCUGAUCUGUCCAUGAGUUCAGAUCUGAUUGGAGUUGUUGAAUCAAUCUGAUGGUUCAGAUCCAAUUUGUUUUUGUCGAAGGCUGAAAUAACCAUCGAACUCGCAGUAACAAAGCCAUGUUCACUUU